GGGCAGGGGCAGCACAGGGCUCCGGCCAGCAGCGUGCAGAUGUCAGCCCCUGGGCAAGCACCAGCCCCAUGCACAGGGCUGGGGACAGGAUCUGAUCAAAACAACCCUGAGGAAGGCAACCAAGUGGUGAGCAUGAGCAAGUGGCUGUGAUCCCCCAGCCACAGAGACCCACUGCCCCAGGGAGAUACAGCCGGUUCCCAAGCCCAGAACUGCAUGACCAUGGAGAUGGCCUGGAGGUUCCAGAGUACAAUUCAUCUCAUCCCCCUGGGGCCCAUCUGGGGCACCACCAGUCCUGUGCAGGAAGCAUCACGGCCCCGACCCAGGGGUGCAGGCUCCCGGGCUCAGCGCACCUCAUUCAUGGUGACGUUCCAGAUCUGUGAAGAGGCACAGAAACACCAUCAGAGAAGAUCCCGGUGAGCUCCAUGAAGCCAAGGGCCGCCCAAUCCCAUACUGGUUUCAGCCCAUAGGGAUGAGGCCAACCGGACCAAGAGCACGUCACACCACAUCAGCCUGAGAGCAGCUGGACAACCUCCCUAACCCCACGUUUUGGCAGCAAGGCCACGCACGGAGCCUCUCUGCAUGCAGGAGUGUUGCCUUGUGUUAUUUCAUGGGAUGCCUGACCCUUACCCUGGACUGGGAAACAUUUCUGGGUAAAUGAGAGAGAGGAAGUGGAGCAUCCCCGGGCUGUGGUUCUCUAUGGCAGCUCCCCAUGGCCCCUGCAUGGCUGAGAGAGCUCCCCAGCACCGGGAGGAUGAAGGGCAGAAGGAGACCGGGCUGAGAAGGGGACAGCGUGUGGGUCUGCGGCAUUUGCUCACCACCAUAGCGAUCCCUGAGCCAACCUCACUGAGCAUCAGUGUGGAAUUUUGGGACUGAAGGAGUCAGGGUACCCUCUCCAAGGCAACAAUCUCUUCUUCCUCACCGCCGUUCCCUGCUCCAUCCCCUCCAUGGCCUCCUCGGAGGGGCUGCAGUACCGCGCGCUCUACGAAUACCAGAAGGACCGGGACGAGGACCUGGCGCUGAGCCCUGGGGACGUGCUGACUGUCAGCAGGGCUGCACUACUCUCUGCCCCCAACUACAAGGACGGGGACGAGCGCAGCCCCCAGGGCUGGCUGCAUGGCCUCAACGAGCGCACCAAGGAGCGCGGACACUUCCCCGGCACCUACGUGGAGUACCUGGGCCCCGUGUGCAUCACCACCACCAAGGCCAAGACACGGCCAUUGCCCCAGCCGCCUGCCGGGACCCCUGUGCCCACUGGCCAGCCCUGGGGGCUCUCGGGGCAGGCAGAGCACAGCGAGCAGCCAGCCCUCCCUGAGCAGGCACUGCUGACCGUGGCCAGGCUCAUCGAGGCGCUCGAAAAGCAAGGUCUCGAUAGUGAGCUGCUCUACCGAUCAGACCCUGGUGUGCUGGAUGACACUGAGCUGAAGGAGGCUCUUCUGGCAGAUGCCUCAGGCGUGGACAUGGAGAUGUACGAUGCCCAGACAUUGGCAGAGAGCCUGAAGUGGUACCUGCAGGAGCUGCCAGUCCCCCUUGUCCCUCCCACGCUCUGCACCGACCUGCUCUGUAUGGCUCAAGAGACCCUGAGCGUGGAGGACUGUGGGCAGCGUGCCCUAGCCCUGCUGGCCCCCCCAGCCCUGCCACAGCCCCACAUGCUGCUGCUGCGGGAGCUCAUCCAGCACUUCGGCCACCUCUGCCAGGCUGCCUGCAAGAACCAGCUGUCAGCACAGCUGCUUGGGGAGCUCUUUGGGGAGCUGCUCCUCCGCCCUGAGUCCUGCAGCACUGAGGCAAACCCUGAGCUCUGCGCAAGGAUCAUCGAGUCACUCAUCAUGGCUAGCGAGGCAGCCGAGGUGCAAGCAGCCCCUGGUAAGUGAUACCGGGAUGAGGGGACAGAACUGGUGGCACUGCCUGGGAACAGUCUCACGUGGUCCCAUCCUCUGUGGGUUUGGGGGAAGGAAGGGACUCAGUGUGCUGCUUGCCUAGUUGUGGUUUGGAGCUUCUCCUUUGGUGGUUUAAGCCCCAGCCCUCGUCCGGCCAUGUCCCAGUGCUGUGACUGUCCUGCCUAGCGAGACUUCGUGUCCAUCAUUGCCGGACCGCAGCAGGUGCCGCCAGUACUGGUACAGCCCCCUGGGUGGAUGGAUGCAGUAGGGAGGAAGAGUGCUGGUGGCUCAAACUGCAGACCCUGAGGACCACAGAGGUCCAUCCCUGUGGGAUCCCCAUCCCCACACCGAGCCACCCAGCAGCUGCAGCUGCUUCCAGCCUUCCUGCCUUGUAAUAUAUCUGGUCCCUGUCAUCGCCUCAGGUCCCUGCAGGGUGGCCAGGCCAGGCAGGAUUACGGCUCCUAAUAUUGCUCAUAAAUCAGCCCUUCAGACUUGUCAGCUGAUCUCUUCCCUGCUGAUCCAGAUGUUGGACAGCUGUGGCAAUGGUCUCUGCGCAAUGGUGACGUCUCCUCCCUUUGCUGUCCCCGUACCCUGAGGCGGCACUGGUCAUCCCUACCCUGCACUGAGCAGGGGGUGGCUGAGAUUCAGUGGAUCCCCAUCCCCUUUUUGGGUCCACUGGGGACAUGUCACCAUGAGCCAGGACAGCCGUACCACUGCACUGCGUGCCACCGGACAGGUCCUGCUGCUCUCCAUAUCCAAAAGAAGGAGGUCAUUACCUAACUGUCAUCACAUUAGGAUGUUGGGAAGCUUAAUUAAAUGCCUGCAAAGCACUUUGGGAAGCUGCGGUGCUAUAUAUAAAGUGCAAAGAAUUAUUAUUAGGCAGGGGACGCGCGCCUUGGCCCAGGCCCUGGCCUCUCCCCCCACGUCCCGGCACCGAUAUUAUUUUGGGGUGCAUGUGGAGCCGCCGCUUUCUAAUUCUUGCUGUCAAAUAGCUAUAAAUACCCAGCAAUAACACAGCGGUGUGUGAAAACAGCCCGGGAAUAGGAGCCGGGAGCUGACACGGAGGAAACCGCGCUGUGACCUCAUCCUGACUCAGGCAUAAAUAUACCUGGUGGCAGUGGGGCACGGGGCCCCACGGGCAUGGGGACAGUGGCAGUGAGGUCACCUGUGGGGUGGGUGACCCUGGGGGCUCCACCAGUUCAUGAGCUGGGGCUGCAUCCAGCGCUCCCCGCUGUGCCCUCCGGCACGUCCCCAAAGCCACACCCGGUGCAGGGACAUGGGGAUGUUUUGGGGUCUGGGGGGCACACAGAGCCUGGUGCAGGAACCCCAGCCCCAGGGCUGGUUCCCAGUCUGGGUGAGGGGGAGGGAAGACGGAGGGAAGCAGUGAUGUAAAUACCGGCUCAGCUGAAGGAAGAUGACUUCAUCUCCUUUUCCUCUCCUGCUGCUAUUUAUAGGCACUUUAAUUUACUCCCCUUUGCUUUAUUAUCUCUCCAGCAAGCCGUUAGCCCUCAGACAGCAGGAUGCCUUUACUCACCAUGCAGCAAAGACUUGUGAAAAAAAACAAAACAACUAAACACACAUACACACACACAAAAAAUUCCACAGACAUGGAAAAGCCAAACAUUGGGGCAGGAGGCAGGCAAAGCAGUGCACUGGGGGCAGGAGCACUGCCAUUCCUUGCCCCAGGUUGGGAAGAAAAUGUGACCUCUUCAGCUCCUUUGUGAGAAAAAGCGGGGAUAAGGUGUCCCCAUUCCAGAGCAGGGUUUUGGCAGAGUACAGCCUGGGUAGUUUCCAAACCCAGGUCCUGCUUGGGGCUGUGCUGCUGGCAGGGGACACGGCCAGCUGUCCCAGUGCGCGGCGGUCACCCCUGCAUCACUGUCUGUGUGCCAGUCCUGCUGCCGUGAUGCGCUCCUCAAUGUGCCAGGAAGGGGAGAGGUGCAAUGAGCAGGAAAAGGGAUUGGAGUUUAAAUAAUGUGGGGGGGCAUCUCCUGCUGUCCCCGAGAGUGUGAUGGAGUGGUGGCAGGGCAGCAUGCGGAUGGCAGCGGGGACACUUUCCUUUAGGCAGUAUUUUGGGAUGCAGCCAUGAGCAGCUAGCACUUGGCUUGGGAAAUCAGCCCCAGAGUGCCUGUGAGACAGCCAAAAGGAAGGGGGUGAGCCUUCCCCUGGCCAGAGCAUCUCUAGGCUGCAUUGCCUUUCCACUGCCCCUUCCCAUAUUUCAUCCCUUGGGGUUGGAGGUGGAGAGCCCCUGAGCAGCAGAGGGUGUUAAAAAAUGGGGAAAACUCAUCUGAAAACUGCAUGGAGUGGGCAAAUGGAGGCAAGGGGUCCCCUGUGCAGAUGUCUGGUUCUGGCUCCCCUCAUCUGAAGAUAAUACAGUGCAAACAAAUUAAUGCUGGGGAGGGGGGAAAAAAGAGAGCAAGAGCCUCGCUAGCAACAUGAGAUAGGGAGAGCAGCUAAAAAUAACAGAUCCCCCAAGGCGCGGGGAGAAACACGACAAGGAUGUGCACACUUGCAAUCCCAGAAGGAGCCUCUCGCCUCUCCAGCUGCUCUGGCCCAAGUGAAGAUGAGGCAGUGAAAAGAGAGGGGAAAGCCUCCGGGUUGGCCGAGCCUAAGAGAUGGCCAAACCUAUGGGAUGGCUGAGCCCAGGGGAUGGCCAAACCCCAUGCUUCCCACUAGUGCUGGAGAUGGCCCCAUUUCCCAUGCAGAGUGUGGGGAUGAAGCAAGGGAUUUCUGCUCACUACCCUGAGAAGCUGAGCUGGGGGAAGACGUCAGUGCUGUCAUUUUGGUAGCUGAGCUGAGUUGAGGUCUCUGUUAGCACUCCCUCUCCUCCAUCUCAGAUCAGAUUAUCAUGCUGCUCCCACAGUGUCCCACAGUAUCCUCACAAUGUGGACAGAGCCCAAGCUCUGCCAGCAUCCCUAAGGAUGCAGCAGAAGAUGGGGUAUCCCAAGCAUGUAAGAUACCCUUGGCUGGGAGGCGUGCCUGACCCACUUGCUGCAUUCUUCAGUCAGAUGCCAGUGGGAGACCCCAGCGGUGCUGCCUUCGUGGCUAAUUUUAGCCCGUGUUUAAUUAAUGAUGGAGUAAGGAGGGUAGCAGCAAGAUGGUGAGCCCAGCCCCUGCCUGCUGCUGGAGGAAUAGGGGUAAUGUGCAGGGACGUGGUGUGCAACAGCAGGACCAGCAACCAGCGGAAGCAUCACUCCACUCAGAUUGGAGCCCUUUUCCUCCUCAGCCGUGUGGCCAGGGCUGAUAAGGGGCUAGGGAAACCCACAGUAUUGUGCUGCCAAACAACAAUGCUGGGGAGGAAUCACGGCCAGGAGGAAGCAGGGGGCCGGGGUGAGGAUUGAAGCCCCUCCAUGUGCUUUCUAGAAAUAAUUCCCCACUUUCCGUCCAAUGUUUUGGGAUGGCUCCAGCAAGUAUCACCCUUCUGCUUUGGGGCUGAGCCCAGUGCGAUCCUGGUGGUGUCGGGGGUGGCAGUGGCUGGUGGCUGCUGGUGACACAGUUAUUCUCCAGGCCUGCCUGGCUUUAAAAUCUAUUAACGUCACUUGGCCGAUCGAGCCGGGAGCUGCACAGGCAGAUGAAAUGCUGGGGCACAGAUCAGAUCAGAGCAGGAUUUCAAUUACAGUAAUCAAAGGUGACACAGAUAAGGAAC